AUUUAUGAUUGGUUGGUUUUAGUUAAUUGUCCAAUGAAUGUGUCUUUCUCAUAACAUAUGGCACAGAUAAUUUGUUCUGAAAUAUAGCAGAAAGGAUUAUCAUGUUACCACGAAGAACAGAUUUCCUGGAUAAAAAAGUGUCCUUGAAGAGGUAUUUUGGUCGUUUUUAGGGAAUGAUUAUAUUCUAGAUAAGAACACUACUGAUGUCUUGAUUUUCAGAUUUAUCAAACAGACUGAUGUAGGAGACCAUGAACCAUUUAUGUCUAAUGAAGAUUUGUAGGAUAAUAUGAAGAGUUGAUUUAAACUGUGAAGUUUUCAUUAUUUGCAUGGUACAAAUUCAAUAUGGAGAAAGAGUCGAAGAAAGCAAAAUCUCAGGAUGGUGAAAGAAGGAAGCGUAAAAGAACUUCUUCAAAGAAAGAUGAAAAGAAAAGUAGAGGAAAGCAGAAAAAGAUAGAUGAAUCUUCAGAUGCUUGUAAUUCCCAGGAAAACCAGCAGAAUAAAGAAGGUGGAUCACCGUCACGACCAACAUCACCAGAAAAUUGUUCUAUAUGUUUGGGUGACUUACAAAACAAAUCAUUCACUGACAGUUGUUUUCAUAUGUUCUGCUUUGUUUGUCUGAAGGAAUGGUCCAAAGUAAAGGCUGAAUGUCCUCUCUGCAAACAGAAGUUCAAGAAUAUCAUUUACAAUGUCAAUUCAUAUGAAAAGUUUGAUCGUUACAAUAUUGAAGAAGAGGCUAAUAAAAGUCGAUGGGAGAGAGAUGGAACUAGAUUUCGGUAUAGAACCACUUUGACAUUUGAACGUAGACUUACGAUUGGACCAGAACAUAAUUAUAAUCAACCAAUUGCCAGGCCAUCUAAUGUUACCACAAGAUCUCAUUGGAGGAGACAUAGAGAGCCAGCUACAUCAGAAUUCCGUAGAAGGAUCUACACUAAUGGAAUGCAAGCAGAAGAGGUUACUGAUAGAAGACUAAGAGUAAGGGACACAACUCCUAAUUUUUACAGACAAAACCCUGCAACAAUGCAUAGAUUGGUUCCUUGGUUAAAUCGAGAACUGAAUUCUCUACUUCAAAAUCAGCCUGACCAUGUACAGCUUGUAAUAGAAAUUAUAAUGGGACUUAUUAAAUCUCACUCAAUUGAUAGUGAAGAUUUUUACCAACAUGUAUAUCCGUAUGUUGGAAGACAUACUCGCCACUUCAUGCAUGAGUUUUCAUGUUUUGCCAAAUCACCCUACAACAUGAUAGCCUAUGAUGCUCAAGUAGUUUACCAGCCAGGACCUGUGACAUUGGAUUCAGAUAGCAAUGAUUCAUCUGCCGACAUUGAUGAUGAUUUAUUAGAUGAAAUCAUUGAUAUUGAAGAUGAAAAUUCCAAUCCUAGAUCGCCUCAGGUUGACAGAAGGAUAAAUCAUCCUUUCAGCAGUGUGUCCAACUUGUCACCAUUGUUUAGGAGUGUUAGAGAUAUACUUGAGGCUGAAUCACCUGUUAGUUCUAUGACGCUUCCAUUAUCCGUGUCAGGAUGGGAUUCCCCAACGCCAGGACCAUCAUGGAUGUCUUUGGGAGCAGAUCUGGAAUUGCCAAUACCCAAUGCAACAGAAAGUAUACCAGUUGAAGGAAAUAGAGCAUGUUCACCAAUUGACAUAGCCUCUACUUCAGAUUCUGAUUCUGAUUCUACUCAGUCAGCUGAUAGUAAUGGUAGUGACAUUGUUUUCGUCAAAGUUGACAAACCAUGGGAGGAAAGGUCACCAAUAAUGUUGUCCUCAGAUAGUUCUGAAGUUGAAAGAAAUCUUUUCUUAGAUUUUGGACAUAAACAUUAUAAUAAGAAGAAAAAAGUGAAGAAAGAGCAUAAAAAGCACAAGGAAAAUAAAAAGGACAGUCGAGAAAAUUCCAAAGACAGACAUAAACACAAAAAACGGAAAAAGCACCACUCUUCAGAUAAGUCUCGUAGACAUUCUGCUAAACACAGGGAUUCUUGCAGUUCAAUAUCAUCCUCCAAACAGGGUGAACAGUCAACUUCUAAAACUAAGAAUUUGGAAGCAAAUUUGGAUAAAAGUUCAGAGAUUGUCAUAAAUACAGAAAACUAUCAUCAUAAAAAGCUUAGAAAACAUAAAAAUGAUGGACAAAAACACAAAUCAAAAUCUAGCAAAAAAUUGAAAUCUGUUAUAGUUUUACCAACUGCAGGAAAUAAUGAAAUUCAAAAUAGCGUUAAUAGAUCAUUGUCUUCUGAAUGCUUAUUCCCUUCAGCUUUAGCAUUGAUUAAUCAAACUUCUUCUUCAAGCUCUCAAUCUAUAUCACCCUAUAAGAAGCAUUCUUCUGGACACAAGAAGUCGAGCAAGUUAAUUGAUAUAGUACCAAAGCUUUUGGAUAAAUUAAACUCAGAUUCUAACAAACCAGAGGUACAAACAAGUCUGCCCAUGUCAGCAGAUCACAUGGUAACAUCGACUGUUACUUCAUGUACACCAUUUCUUACACAGACUAGUGAUAAAAAUAGCUUACAGACAAGUAAACCUGAUGAACCAGAAACAGAAUCUAAUAGCACAACAAAUCUUACAAGAGAAUCUACUCCAUAUCACAUAGAUGACAGUAUUUUAAGUUUAGAAAACAGUAGACGUUGUUUGAAAUGUGGACUUCCAUACAUACCAGAACUUCUAGACAGUUUUGAUAUAUGUGUUACAUGUAAAAAGAAAAAAGUUUGUGAAACUGAAAGUAGGGGAUAUUCCAAUGUAUUCAGUGAGCUGUUUCAGGAUAACAUAUUUACUUCAACUGCUAGUAAUACAAAUACAAUUAAAAAUGAGGGAAAUGACAAUCCAGAUAACACUGACACUAAGUCUUGUCCAGAAACCAGUCAGAACGUUGUUAUUCAGGAAGGCACUGAAAGUAGUCUACGGCCAGUACUGAAUCAGGUUGAUUUGACUUCUAUCAAUGGACCUCUGUUGGAUAUUUCUGAAUCUGAAAGUGAUGAUUGUGAACUAAUUGUGACUAAAAGUGACUCAAUGAACACUCACAAAAAUGAUUUAGAAAAUCCUCUGUGUAUAGAUAUUACAAAACCAAUUCAUGAUGACGAUUUGAGUCUGCAAUCAACAGGUAGAAGAGCUGAUACCUAUAUGAAAUCCUUACUACAGGACAAUACUAUGAGUGAUACUUCAAAGAUUGUUAACAAUAAUCCAUCAAACACUUCCCAAUCUGUUACCAUUGCAGCAAAUAGUUCUUUACCGUGGAUUAUUAGUAAUUCACCAACACCGUCUUCUGACAAUUGGCUAGGAUUCACUGCACCAAGUUCUAGUUUACAUUCGUCACAGUCAACACUUCAACCAAUCUUUCCUUACUCAAUACCCUCAAUUUACUCCUUCCCGAGUAACAUUUAUGCUGGUCAUAGACAGCCAAUAUACUCAAAUAGUGAUUUUUUGUCGGGUUAUUCAUCCAGGAAUUGCAGUUCUUUUAUCAAUGAUUUACAUGCUGAUAACUGUUCUCAGAAAAAGCCUGUAUUUAUUGAUCUAGACGAUCACAGGGAAACCGUCACAACUUCAGCAUUACCUGUGUUUUCUUCUGAAAAAAUCUGUCUCUCAGAUUCCGAGGAUUCAACCAGUGCAGACCUACAAAAUGUAUGUGCACGGACAAGUAUGGCAAAUAGCCAAAAUGUAACUUCAACCCAAAAUUUAUUAUUAUUGAAUGAUUCAACAGAGGAAGAUUUAAGUGAUGAUGAAACAGCAUAUGAAAUGGAUACGGAUCAAGACAACUGUGAUCUUGAUGAAGAUCAAGACGGCUGUGACCUUGAUACGGAUCAAGACAGCUGUGAACAUGAUAAGGAUCAAGAUGGCUGUGAACGUGAUACAGACCAAGAUGGCUGUGAACAUGAUACGGACCAAGAUAGUUGUGAAAGUGAUACUAACAAAAUAAGGCCAAAUGAUGAGUGUAAUUCUCAGUCUGAAAAAUAUGCCUGUAGUGAAAACGUAAUUAAUGACGUGGACAUGACAUCUACCUCUGAAUGGCUGGAAGAUGCUUUUAAAAGGAAGGAAAAUCAAUUAAUAUUAAACACUGAGGAAAAGAAGGAGGAUUAUAAAAACAAUAAAUUGGAAGGAGAAAAAAGUGAUGAAGAAAAUGAACUUUCAACUUCGGAUUUGGAUUGUGAAAUGUCAACCCAGGUCUCAGAAGUCCCUUCAUCUCUAGAUAAAAAACUAGAAGGUAUGACAGAGUUCUCCUCAUCAGUACUGCAAGGAAUUGAGAAGGACAAUAGACUAACCUUUCACAAUAUAUUAUCUAAAGCAAAAUGUGGAAAUUCUAGUAAUGUCAAUUGUAUAGAAACUGAGGAGGAAAAUUUUUUAUCGCCAUCUAACCAAUCAAAAGUUGACUCACCAGAGAAUGAUAUAAACACUUUACCUAACUCACUAGAAUUAAACCCUGAUACUUUCCAUCAAAGUAAUUCAUUGUUUGUGCGUAACUCAGAAUAUCAGAUGGACAAUUUAGUUAGUAAUAUGAAUGGAAAUUUGAAUAGUAUAGAUGAAUUUGAGAUAGAUUCAUUACGUGCUAAUAGUGCUUCAAUGAAUUCAAAGGAUAACUUAUACAAGUUUAUGAAUGAAAAUGGCUGUAAUAGAGGUGUGAGAAGUCCGACAUCUGUUACUAUGGAAACAGAUCCUGUUGAAAAUAUUGAAAUGAAUUAUGAUUCUUCAAUGUCAAAACCAUUUUCUCUUCCGCUGUUUCCGUUUGAAACAAUCUCAGGAAGUUAUGUGUCAGACAGUAUAACACAAGGGUCAGGAGUUAUCUCCCCUGGGAUAAAUAACCAAUUACCUUCUGCUGAUAGUGAGAGAAGAUCAGACAAUGAUAAGAGUGAGGAAAAUAGACAAGAAAAUAUGGAUAAUGAAGAUCAAUUAACAAUCCCUGAUGAUCUUCAAGAUACCACAAACGACACAGAAAAUUUGAUUGGUUCAAAUUUGACUGAAUUUUCUUCUGAAUCUGAUAGAGAAAAUGAUUUCACCAAUGGUUCUGAUGACAGUAGUAGUAGUAAGACAGUUAAAUUUAGGGUUGAUAUAUUACAUUCUGAAAGGGAUUUGUCUAACAACUUUGCUAAUAUAUUUGAAAGUAGUGAUAGUAAUUAAAUAUCAUAGUGUACUUUUGACCCUAUAUACAUUGAU